AUGGAAGUGGCGUUUGACCUGUACACCGCCGUUCUCCCAGUGGAGCGUGACUCCUUGCGGGAUCAGAUAUUUGUCUACUGGCUGAUCCUCACCACUGGCGGCAUCGCGCUCUACCUCGCAUGUGCCUCAUUGUCGACGUACGUCUUCUUCUACGAGUUCGCCGAGACGUACUUCCCGCGCACUAUCAAGGCGAGCAAGCACGACUCGGAGCUGCGGCGGCAGGUGAUACAUGAGAUCUUCAUCGCCGUCGCGUCGAUCCCGUUCAUGGCGGUGCUGAUGAUGCCGGCCGCCGUGCUCUCACACCGUGGAUACAGCAAGAUCUACUACCGCGUCGAGGACUACGGCUGGACCUACCUCCUCCUCAGCGUCGUCAUGUUCUUCGCCUUCACAGACUGCCUGGUGUACUGGUUCCACCGCGGCUUGCACCACCCGACGUUCUACCGCUACCUGCACAAGCUGCACCACUCGUACAAGUACACCACCCCAUUCUCCUCCCACGCCUUCAACCCGUGCGACGGCUUCGGCCAGGGUGUGCCGUACUACAUCUUCACCUUUCUCUUCCCUAUGCAUCACUACCUCUUCGUUGUGCUUUUCUUCACCGUAAACUUAUGGACCAUCUCUAUUCACGACCAGGUGGAUUUUGGCGGCCACUUUGUUAAUACAACAGGGCACCACACGAUCCACCACGAGCAGUUCAACUACGACUACGGGCAGUACUUCACGGUGUGGGACCGCAUUGGCGGCACGUACAAGCCGGCGGUGCAGACACACCGUCUCCCGCUAUUUGGGAAGGGCGGCAGGGUCGACGAGGAAAAGUUGUGUAAGAAGAUGGGUUGA